AUGUCAGAAACCCCAAUCACGCCUGAAGUCCAGGUGGAUGAGGAUGUCGCAUCCUCUGCAGACUCCACCUAUACCUCCGACUCUGACGCCGGGAGCACCUCUAUUGCAAGUAGCGUGCUCAAGUACAAGUGGAAACACGGAAGACGCUAUCACAGCGACCGGGCAGGCCAAUACAGUUUCCCUAACGAUGAUCAGGAGCAGGAUCGCCUUGAUAUGAUUCACCAUGUUUUCACUCGCACGAUUGACGACCGUUUGUUCAUUGCCCCUGUUGAGCCAGAAGGCCUGAAUGUCCUUGAUAUUGGCACAGGUACUGGUAUCUGGGCUAUUCAAUUUGGAGACGAUCACCCUUCUUCCACAGUUGUUGGAAACGACCUUAGCCCGAUCCAACCAGACUGGGUCCCUCCGAAUGUCAAAUUCAUCAUCGACGACGUGGAGGCAGACUGGGUGGAGCCAGAACCUUAUGAUUACAUCCACUGUCGCUACAUGGCUGGCUCUAUCAAAGACUGGCCCCGCCUGUUGAAACAAGCGUACGCCAACCUCAAGCCUGGAGGUUACAUCGAGCUCCAAGAAACAGCAAACACACUUUACUCAGAAGAUGACUCGCUCAAGCCUGACAACGCCUUGGUAGAAAUGAUGGACCACCUCAAGUUGGCCUGUGAAAAGAUUGGCAGAACUAUGGACCCGGCACCAUCAUUUCGACAAUGGUUAGAGGAAUCAGGAUUCGAUGAUGUCAAAGAGGAGAAAUUCAAGCUUCCUGUCGGUCCUUGGCCAAAAGACGAACGACUGAAGGAGAUUGGUACGCUGAUGGGUGUCAACAUGAAAGAGGGCGUUGCUGCUUUCACCGCGGUGUUGUUUACGGAGGUCCUAGGAUGGUCGCGUGAGGAGGUUGAGCUUUUCAAUGUUCGAGUUCGGGAGGCAUCGCGGCAGAGAUCAGUUCAUCCUUUGUUUGACCUGCUGGUUGUUACUGGCAGAAAGCCAGAGCAAUGA